AUGGCUAUUCUUGAGAACCCCAAACUCGAGGAUCCUCAUCACCCAGCCAGUCUGUAUUUCAUUCAGGCUAGUGAGAACGCCUCAUCUCCAUUGGUCCCCGAGUUACUCACUACUGAAAACUAUGUUACCUGGUCUUGCUUCAUGCAUAGAGCUCUAAACAUAAAAAAUAAGCUUAGUUUCCUCGAGAGUAAGAUUUCCAAGCCUCUGGAUUUAGAUCCUUUGUUCCUCCCAUGGGAAAGAUGCAAUGAUAUGAUCAUUGCAUGGCUCCAAAAUUCUGUCAGUCCAGACCUUCGACCUACAAUUACCCAUGCCGAGACAGUAGCAGAGGUAAGGAGUGAUCCCCGUGAGCGCUUCUCUAUACAGAAUGCUCCUCGUAUUUUCCAACUCACGAAAGUUGUGUCUUCCUUAACUCAAGAUAAUGAUUCUGUGAGCAUUUACUACAAUAAGCUCAAAGGGUAUUGGGAUGAACUCGAGAUAUUCGAGCCCAUGCCUCUGUGUACCUGA